CCCUCCCUGCCGGGCCGGCGGGAGCCUGUGUGUGUGCGUGUGUGUGCGGGGAUGGCGGCUCGGGUGCUGCUGGCUCUGUGCGGGCUGCUCGUUGCCUGCCGGGCGGCCGAGCCGGCGGGGGCGGGCGGCGCCAGCCGGCGGCGGCGGCUGAGCUCCGAGGAGGGCAUCUCCUUCGAGUACCACCGCUACGCCGAGCUGCGGGAGGCGCUGGUGGCCGUGUGGCUGCAGUGCCCGGCCGUCAGCAGGAUCUACACGGUGGGGCGCAGCGCCGAGGGCCGGGAGCUGCUGGUCAUCGAGCUGUCCGACCGGCCCGGCGAGCAUGAGCCCGGAGAGCCAGAAUUUAAAUAUGUUGGGAAUAUGCAUGGGAAUGAAGCUGUUGGGAGGGAGCUGCUCAUCUUCUUGGCUCAGUACCUGUGUAAUGAAUACCAGAAAGGGAAUGAAACUAUUAUCAAUUUGAUCCAUAACACACGUAUCCAUAUCAUGCCAUCUUUGAAUCCCGACGGCUUUGAGAAGGCAGCAUCCCAGCCCGGUGAACUUAAAGACUGGUUUGUUGGUCGAAGUAACGCCCAGGGAAUAGAUCUAAACCGAAAUUUCCCUGAUCUGGAUAGAAUAGUUUAUGUUAAUGAGAAAGAAGGUGGCCCAAACAACCACCUGCUGAAAAACAUGAAAAAGGCUGUGGACCAGAAUCCCAAGCUUGCUCCUGAAACAAAAGGUGUCAUUCACUGGAUUAUGGAUAUUCCCUUUGUGCUCUCUGCCAAUCUUCAUGGAGGAGACCUUGUUGCCAACUACCCUUACGAUGAGACUCGGAGUGGCAGUGCUCAUGAGUACAGCUCCUGCCCUGAUGAUGCUAUUUUUCAAAGCCUGGCUCGCAGUUAUUCUUCUUUUAAUCCCGCCAUGUCCGAUCCAAACAGACCACCGUGUCGUAAAAAUGAUGACGACAGCAGCUUUGUGGAUGGAACGACUAAUGGCGGUGCAUGGUACAGCGUCCCGGGAGGAAUGCAGGAUUUCAAUUACCUCAGCAGCAACUGCUUUGAAAUCACAGUGGAGCUUAGCUGUGAAAAAUUCCCACCUGAAGAAACUCUGAAGGGCUACUGGGAGGACAACAAGAACUCUCUCAUUAAUUACAUUGAGCAGAUCCAUCGAGGAGUGAAGGGGUUUGUUAAAGAUCUUCAGGGCAAUCCAAUAGCAAAUGCUACAAUUUCUGUGGAGGGGAUAAGCCAUGACAUUACAUCAGCCAAGGAUGGUGAUUAUUGGAGACUGCUUGUGCCUGGAAAUUACAAACUUACAGCCUCGGCACCAGGUUAUCUCGCAAUAACUAAAAAAGUAGCUGUGCCCUUUAGCCCUGCUGUCAUGGUUGAUUUUGAACUGGAGUCAUUGUCUGAAAGAAAAGAAGAAGAGAAAGAAGAGUUGAUGGAAUGGUGGAAGAUGAUGUCAGAAACACUAAAUUUUUAAACAAGGAUUUUGGCUUUACAGCCUUGAAUCUAUUAUAUGUUGAUUUAGUAUAUCGUACUGUGGAAAGUCCCUAUAUUUUAGAUUUUGUGCACUUCACAAUAAUUAACUUUGUUUUUUCAGUCAUCUUUUGAUUAAUAUGAAUAAAAAUAACUACUAAACUCCUA